CUCUGAAGAAGUCUGUUGGCUUAAAGGACUUGUAUCCAGGCCAUAAACUACAAAAAAAGAAGUCUGUGCUGUUUCUUGUCAAUGUCAGAUUAAAUUAAUCAAACCUUGGCUAAAACGUAAAUAAAUAAUUUAAUAUUAUUAAAAUCUUGUCCACGAGUUCUAGGUACUGAGUUUAUUUUUAAAUUCUAUUUAUCAAUGUACUCUUACGAUAUUAUCACUUAAACUUACUUUUUGACGAUGAACUCUGCAUCCGAAAAAAAUGAUUUGCAAGCUCUGUGUAUAAUUUGUUUACAGAAAACUAAACAAUAUAUAAAUCUGUUUUGUGACAACCACGAAUCCAAAGAAACUUUAAAUAAAAUAUAUAAAUGUUUUCAAGUGACGUUAUCUCCUAAUAAAAGUGUACCCCCUUUAAUGUGUGACAGCUGCGUACAUGAAUUGAAUGUUGCUGAUAAUUUUCGUCUCAAGUGUAUAACACUAAAUAGAAGAAUUGAAUUAUAUUUGGAAGAAAACUCAAAGGAAUAUAAAGACCAAAUUGAAAAUAAUCUUAGUAACUCUAUACCAGACUAUCAGGAAAGCCCAGAAUCAGAUUGUUGUGUGUAUGAUUGUUCUGAUUUAAAUGUUUUUAGAAAGGUUACCGAAGUUAACAAGUCUGAAAAAUAUGCUGCACCUAAAGAAAGAAAAACUUUUAAAUGUAAUUUAUGUCAUAAAGUUUUAAAGACAAGAAUCACACUACUAAAACAUUAUGUAUCAAUGCACGAGAAAAGAAAACAUCUUGGUAAAGUAUCUGGGUUUGGUGCUUCAAGAAGAUACCAUUGUACAUCAUGCUCUUACUCUACACCUCACAGCCAGACCUUAGUCAGCCAUAUACGAACCCAUAAUGGAGAAAGACCAUACAACUGUAGUCAAUGUAGUAAGAGUUUUACACAGUCAUCGAGUCUUGCAGCUCAUAAAAAAACUCACAGCACUGCCACUUACUUUACAUGCAGUUUAUGUGGGAAGCAGUUCAAACAUGCCUUCACUAUGAAAAAACAUAUGCGGGUCCAUGAAAAUGCAAGCUUUGCUUGCAGUAUUUGUAUGAAAACUUUAAAAUCAAAGGAAACUCUACAAGCACAUAUGCAUAGGCAUUUAAAAAUCCGUAAUUACAACUGUGAAGAUUGUGGUUCCACAUUUGUCACAUCUGCAGAAUUACAUAAUCACAGAAAAAACCAUAGUUUAGAAAAGAAAUUGCAGUGCCAUCUGUGUGGAUACAAGACACAUACUAAGAAGAAUUUGAUUAUGCAUUUGAAGAGACACACUGGAAACAGAACUUUCAAAUGUGAUAUGUGUCAUGUAGGAUUCUACACACAGAGCAAUCUCAGGCGACACAUGAGAGUGCACACUGGCGAUAAACCAUACUCCUGUCCUACAUGCAGCCAAAAGUUUAGUUAUAGUCCAAGUCUUAAUAAACACAUGAAAACCAUACAUGGAGUUGACUACAAAUGGAAAGACUGGAAAGAGACAAUAGUAAAGUUUGUAGACAAGACUGAUGGAAAUAUACCUACAUCAUCAAAAUAAUUGAUAUGAAAUAAAACACAAUUUAAACAUACAAAUUUAUUUUGAAUGCCAAAGCACAUACAUAAAUCCUAGUAUGCUACCCUAAAUACCUAA